AUGCCGCGCAAAUACAACACUGUUACACCUACAAGUAGUCAGUUGGGUAUUAUUACUGCAGAUGAACUAGAAAGUGCGUCGAUUCUAUCCGGUGAAGCUGAUGAUGAUAAAACUCGUGAUACACCGCGAGAUCCAAAUGACUUUCAAAAUUAUGCUGUUAAUAUCCUUCAAGUUGAAGAUGCUGAAAUACAAGAACUUCAUGUUGAACAUGCACCUACUAAACCUUCAUCGCCUUGGAAGAAAACAUGUGAAAUGCCUCGUUCGGUUCUCUUAAUAUUUACGAAUUUUUUAAUUAUGCUUGUGAUUGCUACACUUUGCGUUGUUUUUAUUUAUCAAAAAUCAAAAGUGGGUAUUGGUGAAUCGUGCUCAACUGAUAGUGAUUGUAAUUCUUAUGUGGGUCUUAUGUGUACAGCGGGAAAAUGUUCAUGUAGUUCAGUUCAAUUUUGGAAUGGACGUCGAUGUGUAUCACAACGAACAUUUAAUCGAAGUUGUACAUCAUCAAGCCAAUGUGAUUCAUUAGUUCAACUUACGUGCAGGAACAUAACUAUUGCCUCAUAUACUGAUUCACUCUGUUGGUGUUCAGACUCUCAAUAUUGGAGAGGUGGUAAAUGUACAGAUCUCAAAACUUUUAAUGAAACAUGUUCAUCAAGUAGUGAAUGUGAUUUCAAUGACUAUUUAACAUGUAUAAAUGGUCGUUGUGAUUGUAAUUCUACUCAAUUUUGGAAUUAUGGAUAUUGUGAAAAUAAACGAUUAUAUGGUGGCCAAUGUUUUAGUACUUAUUGGUGUAAUAAUGCUACUGCUGGUCUACAAUGUUCUACACAAUUACCUACUGCUGGAACUUGUGAUUGUUUAACUAAUCAAUAUUGGUGGACAGGAAAUAAUACUUGUAUGCAACAAUUGUCUUAUAAUUCAUCUUGUUCAUUUGAUUACCAAUGCUUAACUAAUGUUUCUCUCAGUUGUUCAUCAUCUACAAAUCCUAGCACAUGUCAAUGUUCAGACAACUAUUGGUAUAAUUCAACGAAAUGUGCAUCAAAACUUUUAUCUGGUUCAGCUUGUACUGCUUCAGUUCAAUGUGAUAAUACUGUUUCAUUAUCAUGCAAUUUAACUACACAUACAUGUACAUGUAAUGAAAGUAUUCAUGUAUGGGAUGGAUCCCAAUGUGUUGCACGUCGAUCAAUUGGUGGUGAAUGUUCAUCAAAUAGUGAGUGUCUUGCUAGUCAAAAUCUAGAAUGUCCAACAACAGGUGUUUGGAAUGGUACAUGCUCUUGUCCAACGAAUUACUAUUGGAAUACAUCAACUUCUUUAUGUGUUAUAAAAAAACUAUGGAAUCAACCAUGUUCUAGUUCUUAUGAAUGCUACGAUGGAGGUUAUCUUAGUUGUCAACCAAAUGCUGCACUCAAUACAACUGUAUGCGAUUGUAGCAAUUACACUGACUAUUGGACAGGUUUUCUCAAUAAUACAUAUAGUGGUUAUUGUACACCAAAGAUUAAUUAUAUGGUAUCUUCAUUUACUUGUACAUCAUCUUAUCAAUGUAGAGAUUAUAAUUAUGUAACAUGUAUUUCUGGUCAAUGUGAUUGUAGUUCAGAUCGAUAUUGGGAUGGUACAAUGUGUGAACCUCGAUUAAAUUAUUCAUAUCCAUGUAAUUCAACAUCAAUGUGUCGAAACUGGUCAUCUGGUCCUAAUCUUCAAUGUCUUACUCCACCAAGUGGUGGCUCAACUAAACAAUGUCUCUGUACUACAACACAAUAUUUUGAUUAUUGUCAGGAUCGUUGCUAUACAGCUGCAGGGUAUCAACAAGCAUGCACCAUAAGUUCAUGUUAUGCUAAUUCAAUGUGUGAUCAAUCAAAAGCGCUAUCAUGCGUUAAUAAUAUUUGUAAUUGUACAAAUACUGAAUGGUGGAAUACAACAUCAUGUGUUCCAAAAGGUACGUACUUAGCUUCAUGUACUACUGGUCAACAUUAUCAAUGCCAACAAUAUAAUAUUCUGUCGUGUUAUACUUCACAAUGUACAUGUUCAUCAGUUAUGUAUUGGUCAAGUUCAUCAAACUAUUGCCUAGCAAGACAGAGUUAUUUAGGAGCAUGUUCAUCAUCAAAUGAAUGUAUUUCAGUAGCUGGAGUUGGUUUAAGUUGUAUUAGUGGUCAAUGUCAAUGUUCAUCGGGAUAUUUAUGGAGCUCGGGAACACAACAAUGUAUUUCAUCCGGAUAA